GGAAGUGCAGUGCGAGUACCGCUGUGGUUGGACUGAUAGCGGAUAAUCUGAAGUUAUACUGACAAUAGUAGGCAUGUGUUAUUAUAGUACCCAAUUUAAAGCAGAUGGAUAAACUCGGACUGUUACAGCUGCAUACUCAAAACAGUGAAAGAAGGGAUUAUAAGGACGUCUGUACACUGAUUGUAUUUUGAACAAAGAAGAGCAUUAUGGAUCCCACAGCUUCUGGCAUGUUUUGUGGAAGGAUGCUGAGCAUGGUGAACUCAGAGGAUGUGAAUGCCAUUAUCCAAGCUCAGAGGCACAUGCUUGAUCGAUUUGAAAAGACAAAUGAGAUGCUCCUAAACUUUAAUGGGCUGUCGAACGUACGUCUGCAGCAGAUGAAUGACCGAUUUCAACACCAUACGAGAACACUGGUGGAGAUGAAGAAGGACCUUGACAGCAUCUUCAGGCGAAUCAGGACACUGAAGAGCAAGAUUUCAAAACAAUACCCAGAUACCUUUAACAAUGUUCACGAAUCUCCAAUUCUUGAAGACGAUAAUGAUGAUUUUGAUCCCAUACCUCCAAGCACAGCAACCACGACAGCCACAUCAGAACAGAGCACAGAAUCUUGUGACACCAGUCCGGAUAUCUUAUCCCUGUCGAUGAGCCGUUGCUCUGAAGAGUUUUCUCAGGAACUGCCAGAAACCCCUACUUGUAAUGGACAAAGGAAACCUUACGAUGAAGAUGAAGAACAACAUGAUCCAGAAAAGGAAUAGAGGAACAGCAGCAUUACAUUUUAAAACAAAAUCUAUCCUGACAUGAGUUGUAUUACAAAUGUGUUGUUAAUAUUAAUCUGUCUGGGGAUGAACACUAGUUGAUAUCACAUAUUUAAUUGGCAUUAACAAGAGAAAAGCUAAUGCAGCUGUACUGUGUGAGAUGUUGCUUGACUGUAACCAGGAAGCAUAACACCUAAUAGAGAUUGUUCUGUUUUACAUUAAGUACCCUAAGCUUUUUCAAGAUCGAAAGGCAGAUGAAUACACUUUGAAUUAAGUGCUGUCUUGUUUUAAACAUUGCCAUCUUAAACCCAUAAUGUGAAAAAUCAUUUGAAAAGUUGUAGGACCAGCUUGUCACAAAAAGUAUUCAGUGAAACUGAGGAUGCUGGUUUUACAAUAUAAACAGCUGUAUAAAUAAACAGUUUUUUUAUUAA